AUGAGCGAUAUAAUAUUCGUCAUCAUUGUUGUUACUGCUGGAACAGGACUAUUCAUUGGUUCAAUAGUAACCACCUAUUUUUGUUAUAAACUCUAUUUACGUAAUCAAUUAACAUCAAGUUCUCAUCUAUCAAAACAACAGCAACAGCAGCAGCAGCAAGAACAACAACAACAAGAUUAUCUUCAUUCGGUGAUUGUAAAUCAACAUAUUGCUAGACAUCUUCGACCAAACUCAGCAAUAUCAUUUAUUAGUGAUAAUUAUCAUAAUACUAUGACUCUAAUAGCAUCGCCGCAUCGUUUAGCUAUGCUCGAACAACAGCAAAAACAAGAGCCUACAACGUUAGUCAUUGAAAAUCCAUUGAUUUCUCUAUCACCCACUGCAGACGAACAAAGAGCAGCACGGCUUCAAUCAUUUGUCUACGAAAAUCCUACACUUGAAUUAGGUGAAUUACCAACAUCUAGUGCAAUAUAA